CGGCAAUUCUGUUGUCGUUUUAGCUGUACAGACGCAAACCUCGAGAAAACGACACGUCGUUCUCCUUCCCCCCAUAAUGAUUGCGGUUUCCCAGUGUGGCAGUUAAAAAGCCAAGAGGGCGUUGUCUCAUUGAAUGUGCGUCCAUACCGCGAAACCAACCGCUCACCGUCGCUCCGGCAAUGUGGCCGGAAAUCCAAUAAUCUCCGCCGUUUGACUUCUACCUCCGACAAUGCCUCGCGCCACAACAACCCAAUCGCAGAACAUAAAGCAGAGGGUACUCACGUGCCUAACAAAGCUCUCAGAUCGCGACACACAAGUCGCAGGAGCCAACGAGCUCGAGUCCAUCGCGCGCACCCUGGACCCGCACUCUGUUCCAGUCUUCCUCUCGUGCAUCCACUCCACCGACGCCUCCGACAAAACCCCCGUUCGCAAGCAAUGCGUGCACCUCGUGGCCACGCUCUCCCACGCCCACGGCGACGCGCUCUCCCCCUUCCUCUCCAAAAUCCUCGCCUGCCUUGUCCGCCGCCUCCGCGACCCGGACUCCUCGAUCCGGGCCGCGUGCGCCGACUCCGUCGGCGCACUCUCGGCGCGCGUCACGAGGCAACCGUUCGCCGCGGCGUUCCUGAAGCCGCUGGCGGAGGCGCUGUUCACUGAGCAGGACCCGAGCUCGCAGGCUGGAGCCGCUCUCUGUCUGGCCUCCGCGAUUGAAGCGGCUCCGGAUCCGGACCCGGCCAGGCUGGCCAGGUUGCUCCCGAGGCUCGAGAGGCUGAUCAAGAGCAAGGUGUUUAGGGCCAAGCCAGCGCUGCUGGCGCUCGUUGGAAGCGUUGUCGAGGCGCGCGGCGCGACGAGCGGCGCCGCGUUGAGGAGUUUGGUUCCUUGUCUUCUGGAGGCGCUGGGGAGUGAGGACUGGGCCACUAGGAAGGGCGCGGCGGAGGCGUUGAAGAAGCUCGCGAGCGUGGAGAGGGACCUCUUGGCGGAGUUCAAGGGUGGAUGCUUGAAAGUGUUUGAAGAUCGCCGAUUUGAUAAGGUAAAGUUGGUUCGGGAGGUUAUGAAUCAGAUGUUGGAGGCAUGGAAGCAUAUUCCUGAUGUUUCAGAUGAGUUCUCUCCACCUCCUCAAUUGCAGUUGUCUUCAAAAGAGAAUGCAAGUGAUGGGCGCUAUCCUCCUGUCUCUCAAAAUUCAUGCAGUCCAGGUUCUGUAAUGAGUAAAUUGAGGAAGAAAUCGAGCCCAGCUAGCAAAUCAACUCCACCAGAUAGAUCUGCUGUUAGGAAUGCAAAAAAGAGUGCAUUAAGUGGCGAUAGGAUGGGUUCAGGUGUUUUGCAGAAACUGAACCAUAACCAUUGGGAUGUUCGAAUUGCUGUGUCAAAUGUUCCUGAUCGUGGUGAACGCCGGCAGAAGGAUGAAGAUGUUUUGGAAAGAAGCAAAAAGGAUAAAAGCAGAUUUUUUAAGCAGGAAACAAAACGGGCUCUAUUUGAUAAAAAUUCUGAUGACAAGAUGCAUAAAUCUGGUGGGUCCAAAGCUGGAUCUCGUGUGGUUCCUUGUUCUGAAGAGAGUCAAGACUCAGGUCCUGUCUGUAAUGUAACUAAGGAUCUCCAUAGGAAUGACAAAGAGAGUGAAGAAUUAUCUUUGAUUCGUGCUCAAUUAGUUCAAAUUGAAAAGCAGCAGUCAAGUCUGCUUGAUCUUGUACAGAAAUUCAUGGGGAACUCUGAAAAUGGAAUGCAUACUUUAGAGACUCGUGUGCAUGGCCUGGAGUUAGCAUUGGAUGAGAUCUCUUAUGAUUUGGCUGUAUCAAGUGGAAGGAUAUCUAAAUCUGAUGCUCCUAAGAAUACUUGUUGCCUGCUACCUGGUGCUGAAUUUUUAAGCACCAAAUUCUGGAAGAAAACACAGGGCCGGUAUUCAUCGUACCGAUUCUCUAGAACUGGUAGCACUCCAUUACUAGCUUCCAGUCAUUACAGAGCUAACAGGAAUGCCAAAUCUAAUAGGUUGGCAAGCCAUAGAUUUAGGGUCCAUGGUGAUGGAAGCUUCAUGACUAAUCCUCUGGCAGAGAUUAAAAUUAAUUCAAGGGAGAUUUCAGGCUCUGCAAGAUCAGAGCUAGCUUGAAAAGCAGCAGAUGAAAGUUUCAUCUUCUGGUUAUCAACUUGCUUGGUGGAAAAAUCCCUCUUCCGGAGAAGUUUGAAAAUGAUGUAAUCAGAAUAUAUACUUUUUAUGCCAUGAAAUAUCGUAUAUUUGGAAAAUACCCAGUAGUACUCUACUCUCUUGGAAGAAGGAGAAGCCGGCUAUCAUACAUUCGUGGUCAUGUUCAGAAUUUUAUCCGUUAUGCUAAGGUGAUUGUAGGGAAGGAGCAUAUUGGAGUGAGUUUAGGGCUAAAUAUUACUAAUUUCAGUAGAGGGUGAAUCUGUACAUAGGAGAAACAAUGUAACAGGCUGCUUACUUUGUGUUUGGAAAUACGUUUGGAAGGACAAUAAAUCACAUCAAAUGGGUUAAAGAUGCAAAAUCUACAACUAGAAAACUUCAAUCCGGAUGUGUAAAAUUGCAUCAUGUAUGGCUGCAAACGCAUGAUCUGCUGAUGAUUAAGGGCAUGUUUGUUUCUCUAUUGCAUCAGGUCCAAUCUGCAUCACAUAGAAGCUAAUACUAGUAGCUUUUGCAUGUUAGAUGUGCUUUCACAGAUAAAGAUGCAAAAUCUACAACUAGAAAACUUCAAUCCGGAUGUGUAAAAUUGCAUCAUGUGUGGCUGCAAACCCAUGAUCUGCUGAUGAUUAAGGGCAUGUUUGUUUCUUCAUUGCAUCGGGUCCAAUCUGCAUCACAUAGAAGCUAAUACAAGUAGCUUUUGCAUGUUAGAUGUGGUUUCGCAGAUAAAGAUGCAAACUCUAUAACUAGAAAACUUAAAUCCA